CGUCGUGCGGAGGUACUACACGGCGUCGGCCGUCGAGCAACUGAGUCAGCGCUCUCUCGCAUAGCAGGGGGAGGAGCUCGUCAGCGAGGCGCGAGACGCUGCAUCAAGUGUGCGUGCGUGUGCUGCAGUCGGCCACCCGACGUGUUGUGGACCACCGUUGCGAAUCCUGCGUUCGAAAUCGAUCGAUAUUUGCCUCCUCUCUUCCUCUCUCUCUCUCUCUCUAAACGCGCACUCGCAAACUCAGUCAACCCGGGAGCAGCAACCCUCGUUGUGCACCUGAGUGCAUCCGUGCAACGACCACUGCUGAACUGGUCUUUGUGUGCAGGUGCUCUUUGCGUGCGUCGUGAGGAACGACGAUUUCUUCGGGACGUGCCUGCGCUCGCUGCCCAGCAUUUGCCGUGGACGCCGAAUCAGCUGAAAACAUGUCCAAGAACAAGCUGAACUUGACUUUGCCACCUGGCUCGAUAGAGCCUGCACCAGCAGUCUCACCUUCGCCACCUGUGCCACCCAUACCAACCUAUACGGAGCCUCCGGUCAUACCAGAUGGAGUUAUGGGCAAAAUGAGCAUUGAUGCCAUCCAGGAGAGACUCGAAGAGCUGGGCAUGGAUGAGGAGCAGAGAAAGAGAUUAGAGAGCUUUUUGGGACAAAAAGAAAAAGUUGGUGAACUCUGCGAUGAAGAUUUUGAGAAACUUGGUGAAUUGGGAGCAGGAAAUGGUGGUGUAGUGAUGAAAGUUAGACAUAAAAAAUAUGGACUUAUUAUGGCAAGAAAGUUAAUCCACUUAGAAGUCAAGCCUGCUAUUAAGAAGCAAAUAAUUAGAGAACUCAAAGUUUUGCACGAAUGUAAUUUUGCACACAUUGUUGGUUUCUAUGGCGCUUUCUACAGUGAUGGAGAAAUUAGUAUAUGUAUGGAAUACAUGGAUGGUGGAUCACUAGAUCUUAUACUGAAGAAAGCUGGGCGGAUACCAGAACCUAUUUUGGGAACUAUAACUUCUGCAGUUCUCAAAGGCUUGAGCUACUUAAGGGAUAAACACGCGAUUAUGCAUCGCGACGUCAAGCCGAGCAACAUCCUGGUGAACAGCGCGGGGGAGAUAAAGAUAUGCGACUUUGGAGUUUCGGGCCAGCUGAUCGACUCCAUGGCCAACUCUUUCGUCGGUACCAGGAGUUACAUGUCGCCGGAGCGGCUUCAAGGCACGCACUAUUCGGUGCAGAGUGACAUAUGGUCGUUGGGACUGUCCUUGGUGGAAAUGGCCAUAGGCAUGUACCCGAUACCGCCGCCCGAUGACAAGACAAUAUCGGCGAUUUUUGGCGUGCAACCGGGCUCCACAACGGACCACACCGUCGGCAAUAACGUGUCUACACCCACGACUCAGUCACCCUCGCACAAUCCUAACAGUCCUAGACCAAUGGCGAUUUUCGAACUGUUGGAUUACAUCGUGAACGAGCCACCUCCGAAACUGCCAUCCGGGAUAUUCAGCGACGCGUUUACCGAUUUUGUGAAUCGCUGCUUGAAAAAGAAUCCUGCAGAAAGGGCAGAUUUAAAAACAUUAAUCAACCAUGAAUGGAUUAAAAAGGCAGAAUCUGAAAACGUCGACAUUGCCGGAUGGGUCUGUCGAACAAUGGAUAUACAGCCGACAACUCCGACGCGUUUAGCGAACGUACAAUCCUGAAUAAAUGUCACUCUUACAUACUUGACCACUUGCAUUCACGUUCAGUACUCUUGAGUAACAUUUACGUUUCGCUUUUAGUUCCCACGCGAUUUGUACUACAGUGGCGAAUUAUUUUAUUUUUAUCGUUUCUCUCUAAGCUCUUUCAUGAUUUCUUUAUAAAUAUACAGAAGUUGAGGAGGAACCACAAACGGAUAAGCCAUAAUGCAAAUGCGCGAACUAACAAUAGUAACGAUAAAAAAUACAAAGCCUUCUCUCGGAGAAAGCAACAAAUGAUAAUUGUAGCAAGUCAAGGUGUGGGAGCUUCGUAGAUAAUGUCAAUUUUUGUGAUGAUGGCAUAGUUAGUACACAAAUAUGAUUAUCGUCAGAAUGAUGCAUAUAGUUAAUCAGUAUGUGAUGUCUUAUC